AUUUUCGCCUACCUCACUUUAAGAGAUAUAGUAAUAUGUGGUCAAGUCUGUCACUCCUGGGUGUUGAUGACACAAGGAAGCUCAUUGUGGAAUAGUAUUGAUUUUUCCGCAGUAAAAAAUAUAAUCACAGAUAAAUGUAUAGUGUCUACUUUGCAAAGGUGGCGUCUAAAUGUGCUGCGUUUGAAUUUUCGUGGUUGUGUUCUCCGAUUGAAAACCUUGAGAUCUGUCAGCCUCUGUAGAAAUCUGCAAGAGCUGAAUGUCUCUGACUGCCCAACACUAACAGAUGAAUCAAUGAGAUACAUCUCCGAGGGCUGCCCUGGAGUCCUGUACCUCAAUCUAUCCAACACCACCAUCACCAAUAGGACGAUGCGAAUCCUGCCCAGGUACUUCCAGAACUUACAGAAUCUUAGUUUGGCUUAUUGCAGAAAGUUCACAGACAAAGGUUUACAGUACCUGAAUUUAGGGAAUGGAUGCCACAAGCUCAUCUAUUUGGACCUUUCCGGCUGCACCCAGAUUUCAGUCCAAGGCUUCAGGAACAUUGCAAACAGCUGCACUGGAAUUAUGCAUCUGACCAUCAACGACAUGCCAACUCUAACGGACAACUGUGUAAAAGCUUUAGUUGAAAAGUGUUCUCGUAUUACAUCAAUAGUUUUCAUUGGUGCGCCUCAUAUCUCUGACGGUGCUUUUAAAGCUCUUUCUACUUGUAACCUCAGAAAGAUCCGAUUUGAAGGAAAUAAAAGGAUUACUGAUGCGUGCUUCAAAUUUAUAGACAAGAAUUAUCCAAAUAUCAAUCACAUUUACAUGGCCGACUGCAAGAGAAUAACAGAUGGUAGCCUUAAGUCACUUUCGCCUUUGAAGCAACUGACUGUCUUGAAUUUGGCAAAUUGUAUAAGAAUUGGUGAUAUGGGACUAAGGCAAUUUCUUGAUGGUCCUGUGAGCACAAGGAUAAGAGAGCUAAAUUUAAGUAACUGUAUCCACCUGAGUGAUAUCUCUAUUGUGAAACUAUCAGAGCGCUGCCCUAAUUUAAACUACUUGAGUUUACGAAAUUGUGAAUAUUUGACAGACCUAGGAAUUGAAUAUAUUGUGAACAUCUUUUCCUUGCUAUCAGUGGAUCUCUCUGGAACACACAUCUCUAAUGAGGGUUUGAUGAUACUUUCCAGACAUAAAAAAUUAAAGGAACUUUCUCUAUCUGAGUGUUAUAAAAUCACCGAUGUCGGAAUUCAGGCAUUCUGCAAAGGCUCACUGAUCUUAGAACACUUGGAUGUCUCUUAUUGCCCCCAGCUGACAGAUGAGAUUAUUAAAGCACUGGCCAUUUAUUGCAUUCACCUCACAUCUCUCAGCAUUGCUGGCUGUCCAAAGAUUACAGACUCCGCAAUGGAGAUGUUAUCGGCAAAAUGCCAUUACUUGCACAUUUUGGAUAUUUCUGGUUGUAUCCUGCUUACUGACCAAAUGCUUGAGGACCUUCAGAGAGGCUGCAGACAACUUCGAAUCCUUAAGAUGCAAUACUGCAGAUGUAUUUCCAAGGAGGCAGCAAAGAGAAUGUCAUCUAUUGUUCAGCAGCAGGAAUAUAACCCUAACGACCCUCCACUUUGGUUUGGCUAUGAUUAUGAAGGCAAGCCCCUUAAAAGACAACAUGAGAUAACACCACUUAAAGGAGACGAAGAAGUCAUAGUGACAGAGUCAACACACAGUAGAGAAGAAGAAGAAGUAUGACCUUCAGCCUCAACAGGAAGAACAAAAAAUCUAGAACUUGGUAACUUCAUCUGAUGCAAGUAUUUUUACCAUCUGGAUCUCAACAGUGUAAACAAGCAGCAAAUCAUCUCCUGAUUUUUAUUCCAACUACAAAUAUUUCUAAAUACAUUAUUUCUUCUAAUUGGUUUAAUCAUAUUUAAAAAAAAAGCCA